AGGAUAACUCAGAACCAAGAAGAAGAAGAAGGAGAAGAAGGAUAACUCAGAACCAAGAAGAAGAAGAAGGAGAAGAAGGAUAACUCAGAACCAAGAAGAAGAAAAAGAAAAAGAAGAAGAACCCAGAACCAAAAAUAAGAAGAACCAAGAAUAGGAAUAAGAAGGAGGAGAAUAUGCAAUUAGAACCUCCAUGCAGAAGGAAAGAUGCGUGUGUGGAGGAGCCUGGCCCCCUGUGGCAAUGCCGGGGUGAGUCUGGCCUUCCCCCGUCCUGCCUCCCGCUGCCCCCGCCCCGCACAGCCUCCCCUGGGCAGCCCGUCCUCGGCCCCGGCGUACCUGGAGGCUUACGACCUGAUGGAGGAGAACACCGAUGUGAUAUUUGAGGCCCAGGACAUGAUGAGCGAGAGGACGUACGACGGCCUGAGCCCUGCCGACGCCAGUGUGGGGGAGGCCGGCCCGCGCCACGCCUCGCAGCUGCCCGGCCCACGCUCCUGGCCCCUCGUAGGAUGCCUGCCCUACAUGCUGCGCCACCCGGCCUUCGACCCCGAGCGCGUGUACCUCUUCUGGCAGGCGGUGCGUCAAGAGUUUGGGCCCACGUUCCGCAAGGACAUGCCGGGGCACCCACACCUGGUCUUCAUCACGCGGCCCCAGGACAUGGAAACACUGCUGCGGGCCACCAUGUACAACCCACAGCGGCCUGGCAUGGCAUCGCUCAAGGCCGUGCGGAGGGAUGGCGGCGCGGACGGGAAGCACCACGGCCACGAUCACGUCUUCCAGGGCAGGGCGGGCAUCCUCGCCGAGCAGGGUGAGGAGUGGUGGCGGGUGCGUAGAGUGGUGCAGCGCCCCCUCACCGCCUCGCCGCUGGUGGCCCGCGCGCUGCCUCAGAUGGACGGAGUGGCCAAGGAUUUUGUUGCAAGAAUCCGCAAUAUAAGGGACGAAAACACUAAUGAAAUGCCCAAAACCUUCAACACAGAGCUCUACAAGUGGGCGCUCGAGUCUCUCGGCACCAUCGCACUGAAUCGCCGGCUGGGGUGUUUGCGGGUGGAUGAGGAGACUGAGGAGGUGAACGGUGGUGGUGGUGACAGUGGUGGUGGUGGAACAGCUGACCCCUUCCGCCUGAUCCGCCUGGCCAAGCAGCUCCUGGCGGCCCUCCACGAGACAGAGAAUGUUAAGCUGUGGCAGUACUUCCCCACGGCGUCCAUCCUGAGGCUGCAGCACGCACACCAGGUCUUCACCGAUGUUGCUCUGGAGGCCAUACAGGAGACGGAGCAGCAGGAGGCACAGCGGCAGGGGGAGGUGGGCAGCCUGCUGGGUACGCUGCUGGCCACCCCGGGACUCAGCAAGGAGGAUGUGCUGACCUUACGUCUUGACAUGAUAGCAACGGGGAUUGACACGACCAGCCACGCGGCGGGCAACAUCCUGUACCUGCUGGCGCGUCACCCCCGAGCCCAGCAGCGCGUGUACGAGGAGGUGCGUCGCGAGGUGGGCCGCCCCGACACCCUCAGGCCCGAGCACCUCUCAGCCCUCACCUACACCAAGGCCGUCUUCAGGGAGGCCCUCAGACUGAUGCCGGUCAACGUGGGCAUCGCGCGGCGCCUCACCCAGGACACAGUGCUGGGCGGCUACCUGGUGCCACGAGGGUGGGAGGUUGUCGCUUCCACCAUGCUGAUCAACCACCAGGAGGACGUCUUUCCCCGCGCCACAGAGUUCCUGCCGGAGAGGUUCCUGCGCGGGUCACCCUUCGCCCCGAGACAUAAUUUUGCCUUCCUGCCCUUCUCCUACGGCCCAAGGAUGUGCAUCGGAAGGAAGAUUGCGUACCAGGAAGUGUUCUGCCUCAUUAUCAGGGUGUUGAGCGAGUUCCAGGUGGAGUACAAACACGAGGACAUCCACCUCAUCAACCGUCUGAGCUACGGCCCGUCACACCCCCUGCGCUUCACCUUCACGGAGAGGCACGCAUGACACGCCUCCGCCAUCACCAACAGCUCAUUUUGAUACAUUCUAAGCCUUACCUGGGAGUGUUAAGGUCAAGGUAUUUUUAAGCACUGUCGCCUCUUACAUCGACUAUAUAUUUCCAAAGUCCAAGAAGGAGGUUAAUUGGGUGUGUUUAGGUUCAUGGUACAGAGCAAGGGUCAGACUACCACUGGGGUCAUAGAACUCCCCCUGGAAAUGCCCACAACUCCUAUGAAAGCCUUGUCAAAUGUGUGUUUUUGGGUUCAUGGUACAGAGGAAGAGUCAAACUACCACCAGGGUCAUAGAACUACCCCUGGAAAUGCCCACAACUCCUAUGAAAGCCUUGUCAAAUGUGUGUUUUUAGGUUCAUGGUACAGAGCAAGAGUCAAACUACCACCAGGGUCAUAGAACUACCCCUGGAAAUGCCUGAAACUCCUAUGAAAGCCUUGUCAAAUGUGUGUUUUUAGGUUCAUGGUACAGAGGAAGAGUCAAACUACCACCAGGGUCAUAGAACUACCCCUGGAAAUGCCUGAAACUCCUAUGAAAACCUUGUGUGCUUGGGCUCCGAAAUGUUUAAGAAUAUGAGCUUAAGGGCUGUGUGCCUCCCUCUGUCUGGUGCUCAUCUCCUGUGCGUGCCAGGCUUUACCCCCACAGCCCUUUUCUCAGCCUUGGCAGUGUUAGGGUGUGCGUGCCCCUCUCUGGUGAGUGUGUGAUGGGGUGGGACGGCCCAUCACACCCCUGCCCUUCACCUCCAGCGGCACCAACUCCACCUACACACUGCUACCAGACUCCUGACAGACUUUUAUUUCUCUCCCAUUGAUCCAUCCUUAUUAAAUGUGUGUGUGUGUGUGUGUGUGUGUGUGUGUGUGUGUGUGAAAGUAAGAGAACUAAGCUAUGUAUAUGUAUUAUUAUUAUGAUCAUUAUUAUUAUUAUUAUUAUUAUUAGCUUAUGGAGAAAAUAUAUGUAUUAUCCUUAAACAAAUACCUCACUAUAACAUACUCCAAUACACAUUAAACAAGUAUAUACAUAAUGUGAUGAAUUAUUUUGUCCGAUUCAAACAUUCAUAUUAUAUUAUUUACAAGUUCAGUGGGAUUUUUUUAGCUUUUUUUCUGAUUUAUUUUUUCCGUUGAGGAUUUUGAGAACAAGAAACAGUGUAUUAAAAGUGCUGGUGUGAGUAAGGGACGAUAGAAAAUAUAGAACCUAGACUUGGAGUUACAGAAAGAGAAGAACAGCACAGACAGGCAAGGUUCUGAUGAGUGAGUUUUUAGGCUCACGGUACAGAAGAAGGGUCACACUUUUACCACCCCUGGAAAUGCCUACAAAACUCCUACAAAAACUGUCAUGUAUGGAAUUAGAGAAACAUAAGAACAUAAGAACAUAUAUGGACUGAUAGGCAAGGAAGAAGAAGACUUUGAGAACAAGAAGCUGUGUGAAAAUAUAGAACCUAGACUUGAAAUUACAGAAAGAGAAGAACAGCACAGACAGGCAAGGUUCUGAUGAGUGUGUUUUUAGGCUCACGGUACAGAAGAAGGGUCACACUACCACCAGGGCCAUUAAACCACCCCUGGAAAUGCCCACAAAACUCCUUCAAAAACUGUGUCAUGUAUGGAAUUAGAGAAACAUAAGAACAUAACAACAUAUAUACACUGAUAGGCAAGGAAGAGGAGGACUUUGAGAACAAGAAGCUGUUCAAGAUAUAGAACCUAGACUUGAAAUUACAGAAAGAGAAGAACAGCACAGACAGGCAAGGAACAGGAGGACUUUGAGAACAAGAAACUGUGUGGUAAAAGUGUUAAUGUAAGGUACAGUGAAAAUAUAGAACUUACACUUGGAAUUAUAGAAACAUACAGUCAUAAGAACAUAACAACAUAUAUGGACUGAUAGGCAAGGAACAGGAGGACUUUGAGAGCAAGAAGCUGUGUGGUAAAAGUGUUGAUGUAAGGCACAGUGAAAAUAUAGAACUUACACUUGGAAUUACAGAACAUACAGCCAUAAGAACAUAACAACAUAUAUGGACUGAUAGGCAAGGAACAGGAGGACUUUGAGAACAAGAAACUGUGUGGUAAAAGUGUUAUUGUAAGGCACAGUGAAAAUAUAGAACUUACACUUGGAAUUAUAGAAACAUACAGUCAUAAGAACAUAACAACAUAUAUACACUAAUAGGCAAGGAACAGGAGGACUUUGAGAACAAGAAACUGUGUGGUAAAAGUGUUAUUGUAAGGUACAGUGAAAAUAUAGAACUUACACUUGGAAUUAUAGAAACAUACAGUCAUAAUUAAGAACAUAACAACAUAUAUACACUGAUAGGCAAAGAACAGGAGGACUUUAAGAACAAGAAGCUGUGUGGUAAAAGUGUUAAUGUAAGGUAAAAAAAUAUGUACAUUACUAAAACAUGAAAUUAGAGAAAGCGAUGUUAGAAAAUGGUUGAGAUGAAUAGGGGAGAGCGGCCGGUGAGGAUUCAUACAAAGAAUAUAUAUUACCUUUGAACAGUAAAACAAGAAACAGAAGGAAAAAACACCAUGAAGACAGCGAUAAAUUAAGACAAUACUCCAUAAUAUAAUAUUUUUUUUAAAUAAAAGGACAAGAAAAAAAUAAUAAAAUGUAAGUGUUGGAUAAUCAGAGAAAAUAAAAGGAUGUAAAAAGA